CACGCUCGGUGUAGGCAGGAUCUACUUGUACCAGUCGCAGUCCUCCGGGUGGUCUUCGAGAUCGUCAUGUUCUGAGGAGUACACCAGCAGGACAACCGCAUCCCGUCAUGGACAACCAGAUGACAGAAGAUGACGGGCAGGAGGACCCCGAAGCUCUCCUCAACGCCUGGCUUGGAGAACUCGACACCCUUACCAUGGGAUUGGACAAAACUAGCAACGCCUCGCUUAGUCCAAUGAGGCCUCUUUCAUCUGACUUGAAUGGGCCUCGGAUAGACAGUUUUCGUCUUUCAAUGGCUAAUAUGGAAGACACACAAGAUGUUGAUUUAGAUGCCAUUUUGGGCGAACUAUGUGCCUUAGAAUCACAGUAUGAAGAAGCUAUUCAGACUUCUACCAAAACAAAUGAAACCCGUAAAGACACUGGGAGAAGACUCAGUGGAAGUACAAGAACACACUCACCUGAUAAUGAUUCAGCUUUUUCGGAUUCAGUAUCGCUUUUGUCGAGCGAGAGUUCCGCAUCAAGUGGGAGAAAUGAUAUUUCACAGAUUGAGAAUAUCGGAGCUGCAUCAAAAGCAGAAAAAAUUCGACUGGCAAUGCAAAAAAUCAAAGAAGCCUCUGUUAAAAAAAUCUUCAUCAAGGUAUUCAACGAUGAUGGAUCUGUUAAAAGCCUUCUUGUUGAUGAAAGUAUGACAUGUGGCUAUGUUACAAGGUUAUUAGCUGAAAAGAACCACCAACCAUUUGAUCAGUACUCAUCACUGGUGGAGUUUUUACCUGAACUUAAUAUGGAGAGAGUGUACGAAGAACAUGAAAUUCUUGUAACGGAGCUUAUGAGGUGGUCAUAUUGGUCUAAAAAUCGUUUGCAUUUCACUCGUCGACCUGAAAGGAAUUUACUGUUCACGUCUCCUCAACUUGUAACUGGUAUUCAUGUUGAAAUUUCACGAUCUGCUUCUUCAGUGGAUGUUUUAGAGGAAUUCUUUUCCGGAGCUGGAGUUCCUUCCGUGGAAGGUCCUUUGUAUAUUAAGUCUGACUCCAAAAAAGGCUGGAAGAGGUACCACUGUAUUCUCCGUUCCUCGGGCCUAUACUAUUGGCCUAAAGAGAAGGCUAAAUCAUCCAGUAAAGACUUAGUGUGCCUAGCAACAUUUGAUGUCAAUCAUGUGUAUUACGGAGUGGGAUGGAAGAAACGAUUCAAAGCACCCACAGAUUAUUGUUUUGGCUUAAAGCAUCCUUCUCUGCAAGAACCUCCUAAAUCAGGGAAGUACAUAAGGUGCCUUUGUGCAGAAGAUCAAGUUUCCCUUCAUCGCUGGGUUACUGCCAUCAGAGUAGCUAAGUUUGGUCGUCAAUUAUUAGAUAAUUAUCGUGAAAUAAUAGAUAUCCCUCCUCCACCUAUUCCUGCUUCAGUCUUAAGCAGUGCUGGAUCUGAUUCAGGAUCUAGUUCUGGUGUCGAUGCAGGGUUUGAGGCUGAAACUUUUCCUUCAGGAACCAUUAAACGUAAGCCAGCUAAAAUCCCUCUAACAUCUACGACCCGGGCCCUCAAAUCGAAUGCUAUCGGUGAAGAUGAGUUCUAUGACCUGCCACCUCCUCCUCCAGAACUCCUUACAGACUGCCCGACUCCCUCUGAGAUAGGAACAGUAGAAACUGAUCCUGCUUUCUUACAGGACCUUCAUAGGGUUGUAAGGUCAAAAUGGCAAGUAGCUCAGAAAUGUAAACUUGAAUCUCUUAGCCCUCAUCAAGUUCUUGGAUUUAGGUAUUAUGAUUCAAAAGUGGAAACAACUCAACAGUGGGUCGAAGACCAUUAUGGCGGAAGCCAAGGUAUGAAAAAAAUCCCCCCUCCUCCUCCACCUAGAGCAGUGACAACAGUACUUACGUCGGUACCAAGGAGAUAAUUUGACUGCGUUCAUUAGCUAUCUAUACUGUAUUUUUGCGUACAGCUAUUGUAGCAUCUCAAGAGUCACUCCCUCUCUGCGAAAAGAGAGGGUUAGUCAGGAAUAGCAGUGCUACGAGAAUGAAGGCAGUCGUCUUGGGAUAUCUUCAUAGUGCCUGUUAUAAUAUAAGCAGUUAGCAUAUUCAAGAAACGUGGUGAAACUAGCUAUCCGUUAAUCAUUACAGUAAUAUUUCAUAAAAUUUAAUGUAACAAAUGUUUCUGUCAUGGAUUAUAUUAUUAGCUGAUAUAAUUUUAAUGUAUAAAUUCAGUCAGAGAAAAAAUAUAGCUUAGAGAAUCCUUUAUGAUGGUGCAUUUCCAUGGAAUAGAGUUUCCUGCUUUCUUGAAUAAAAUUAUUACUUUUGAUCUCUUAAACCAUUUUUUUUUUUUAAUUAUUUAUUGUUGUAGUAUGUAUUAAAUUUUUUUUUCAAAAAGUAUCUAAUAGCUAAUAUCUUAGCAUUUGUAUGUUAUAUUAUUGACAGGUAUGUCUGAAAUGCUGUAAUCUCAUUGAAACUGAGAUCUAAUUUAUUAUUUGUGUAUUAACACUAAAAAUUCUAACACCCUAGAAAUGACUGUCUGUGAGAUGAAUUGUGAUUGUAGGUAGUUUUUCCAUAUUUUUAUAAACUGUGGAAACACCUGAAGUAAUCAGCUCUGUUAAUUUUCUUCACCUUCAAUAUGGGGUUUUUUGUUUCUUAUCCAUAAUGUGAAACAUUUUUGAACUUUAAGUUAGCUGUUAGAUGAUUAUGGGCAAAAAACCUCUUUUGAAGUUGUUAUGUCAUUGUUACCAAAAAUGUAUAUAUAUUAUAAAAUGUUAAUGAUCGAAAGAAGCUUUACAUUUUGUAAAUAUGUCUUAAAGAUUCAGCUUCUGGCUAAUCCAUCCGUUACAAUUAUUAGUUAUUUAUUCAUUCACUUUUUUUUUUUUUUUCUUUGUCAGAUAUGCCAUUGCCUUGGACAAAAAAUCACGAUUACUUAGUUCUUUCUUUUCUUUUUUUUUUUUUUUUUUUUUUGUAUUAAACUAUUACUGAAUUUACAUGUCAAUAUAACUAAAACCUAAUAGAAAUCUAUAGUAAAUUAAUACAAUUUUACUUUUUAAAUGCAUAAAAAUAAAUGUUUUGGUAACAAUGUCCAAGGUCUGGUUAUGAAAAUAGUGUUAUUAAAGUCUGUACUUGUGUAUUUAUAUUUCGAAUGAGCCUUGAACAGAGAUAUGUUUUCUGAUCCUAAUUGUACAUGUAUAAUAGUGGACUUAUAGUAGUAAACAAUAUAUUUAUGUUACAUUUUUUAUUGCAUUAAUUAAUAUAAUUGAAUGAGUGGGAAUUUCAGCGUUCCCUCAAUUUUUAUACUGUUUGUAUAUUAAAUCAUUAAGUGUGGUGGCAUUUGUAUAAAAUUUUAUAUUCAUUUCUUUGAAACUGGUUGUACAAAUAUUGUUUAAUUUUUCCUUCUUUACAUUAUUGCUUCUUAUUGUUGACUAUUUGUGAAUCCAUGUUGUUAUUUGCAUAUGUACAAAGCAUAAUAAAAGAAAAACAUAUUUGUUUGUAUAUUUCAACUACUUACUAAUGUUUAUUUGUAAAGCCAUGAAUAAAUGUUAUGACGUUACUGUAAUUUUUUUCUCAGUUGAAAUGAAAUAAAAUAGUUUUAUUUUUAAUAUAUUUAAGAUACCUUUUGAUGAUAUUAAAUAUUUCAGAAAAAUCCUGGCAUUUUCCAGUGCUAUUUAUAUUACUUCUAACAUUGGCUGCAACUAAGUUUAAAGGCAAAAUAUUCAUUUUCCUAAGUACAUUAUUGGAAACAUUAACAUAAUGUGUUUAUAUG